AUGGAAGAGGAAAAAAGAACUGAUUUGUCUGGAGAAUGGAUUGAUAGAACAACAGAAGAGAAAGGAUUUCGUGCUAUGUUUCAGGAAUUUAUUGCUAAAGCUCCACCAGAAUAUGUAAAUAAAGAUCUGAAAUUAUCGGAUGACUUCCCAAAGAAAGAAAAUAAGGGAAAUAAGCGUUGUAAAAAGCCAUCAAUAAAGAAAAUUUGUUCUUUACUUAUCAAAGCUUCAUAUCUUAUGGAUCGUAAAAUCAAACUUGAAGAUAGACUCUAUGUCAAGGUCAUUGCCGUAAAGAUGAGCAAAGACAGAAUUUUUUUGGAGGUGAAGAAAAAUUGGAAUAUUACGAAAUUAUGUAUCAGCUAA